AUGACAAACAACGAAUUGCCCAAGAACCCUGAGCCUGUGGCUGAGGUUCUGGAUGUUAAGCCUGUUUCAGAGGCUACUACUUUGACUGAAGAUACCACAAAACUACGAGUCAAGAUCCCUGCUGAAGAGCUGGACCCGAAUUUUAAUCCAUUUGAACAAACGGUGAUUACCCCCAACACUUACAUUUUGAUUCGGCUACCGUCAGAUACAUUACGGAUAGUAAAGAUGAUUCCAGGGAUUAGUGUGAAUCUGGGAAAGUUUGGUUCGUUUUGGGUGGAUGAUAUUCUGGGGCACCCGUUUGGACUGACGUAUGAGAUCUUCGGGACAGGUCCCGAGGAAAAGGGGCUGGUGAAGAACCGACGGGCCAAGAAGGGUGAAAGGAAAACAAAUAAACAACGUGCUGAAGAGGCUGAAGAGGAACAAGUGGAUGUCAGAGGACCUAGACCACAACUGAGAAUUGUGCCUGCAUUAGACAAUACGGAAGAACAAGCAAAGACAGACGAAAUGAUGCCAGAAGAAAAUAACAAGGAUCUGGUAUAUGACCCUGAUGCAAUGAAGCUAAGUAUGGCAGAAAUUGAAGCAUUAAAGCGGACGAGUGUGGACUCUGGACGUGAGGUGAUUCAGAAAAUGAUUGCGGCACACACGUCAUUUGACAAGAAGACUACAUUUUCACAGGAAAAAUACAUCAAGCGUAAGGAGCAAAAGUUUCUUCGACGAUUUGCAACAGAACCUUUGGGAGCAGCUCAGCUUUUACAAGUGUACUUGGAAAAGGAUCCUUAUGGCCGUGUACGUGAUAUGUCAGAAGAAUCACUUGCCCUUAUGAUGUCUAUGGCUAACGUUAAACCCGGUGGUAAGUACCUGGUGGUUGACGAUGCUAGUGGACUGCUAGUUUACGCUAUGCUUGAACGUAUGGCCGGCCAGGGUACCAUUGUAUUAGCACACGCCAAUGAGCAUACAAGUUUGGAUGCACUUAAGUAUAUUAAGGCUUCUGAGGCAUGGAUUGAGUCGCGCGUGCGUACCAUCAACUGGCUCGACUUUCUACAUCCUGAGGAACACGAUUUGUGCAUUAUGGAAGAAGCCUUAGGAAAUGGUGAGAUUACAGAGCCUGUACAAAUUUCUCAGCCAGUUCAGUCUGCAGAUGGUGUUCCUACAGAGAACUAUCCUUACCGAUUUGUUGAACGUACUGCUGAAGAACUUGCCGCCAUGAAACCCCAUCAGCGCGCCCAGUAUUUCCGCAGAGCAAAGCGACACGCUGACUUUGCCACUGCACGUACAUUGAUUGAUGAAGCUCCUGGUCUUGAUGCUGUUUUAGUUACUACAGAUCUUGAUCUACCAGAGCUUAUGCCUCAACUCGUUGAUCGUCUUCGUGGUGCUGCUCCACUCGUGGCUUACUCUCCAUUUAAAGAGACCUUGGUACCUACCGCCCACAUUUUACAAAAAGAUUUACGUGUGUUGGCCCCAACAAUUAUCGAGACCCGAGUCCGAAGAUAUCAGACUCUACCAGGCAGAAUGCAUCCGCUCAUGACAUCGCGUGGUGGAGGCGGGUACUUGCUAUGCGGCACUCGGGUGUUCCCAACGGAUGUGGAUGCAGCAGGUGGGGCUCGUGGUCGCAAGCGCAAGACCAAAGAAGAAAAUGGUGCAGAGCCUGCUUCUAAACAGGUAAAGACUGAACAAGAAGAAUAA